UGACGCACCUUCUAGUCGGAGCUGCUCUGGUCGCUGGGUGACGUUUGUGAUUUUAGGGGAAGCAGCGUGAUGGCUCCCUUCCAAAUAACGUUAUUUAAAGGAGAUAUUUAUUCGUCUGUGUUCGUUAAUCAAAGGAUAUCAACAUUUUAAGCAGCGUAUAUUUCCAUCACCACAACCGAGUUUUCAUUAAUCCAGAGGACUGCAGCAGGAGAGAAUGAGUGGGGCUGCGCUGGGGAUUGAGAUAGUUGUGGUCUUUUUUCUGGCUCUGUUCUUGUUGCAUCGCUAUGGAGACUUCAAAAAGCAACAACGCAUGGUGCUCUUUGGCACAUUGCUGGCCUGGUAUUUGUGCUUUCUCAUCGUCUUCAUUCUCCCUUUGGAUGUCAGCACGACAAUAUACAAACAAUGCAUAAUUGAUCAUGGCGAACAUGCUCAGUCACCAUCUGCAGGCCCAGAAAUCGCCAACCAGACAUCAAGAAAUGCAACUUUCACACCCACUGCUAGCAUUCCAAAGGUGUGUCACAAGCCAUGGAGCUACAUUCCCAAUGGGAUCAUGCCUGUGUUCUGGAGGGUUGUGUACUGGACCUCACAGUGUCUUACAUGGCUUCUUUUACCCUUCAUGCAGUCCUACGCCCGCUCAGGAGGCUUCUCCAUCACAGGAAAAAUAAAAACGGCUCUGAUUGAGAAUGCCAUCUACUAUGGUACUUACCUGUUCAUUUUUGGCUCGCUCCUCAUUUAUGUUGCUGUGCAUCCACAGUGGCAUCUCUCCUGGUAUGAACUGCAGACCAUAGGCAUCACAGCAGCCAACACAUGGGGUCUAUUCUUGCUGGUGCUGCUGAUGGGUUAUGGCUUGGUGGAAAUUCCACGCUCCUACUGGGAAGCUUCUCGGCAAGGACACCUACUCAUCAAGACCUACUUCAAAGCUGCUAAGCUGAUGACUGAGAAAGCAGACGCAGAGGAGAACCUGGAAGAUGUCAUGGAGGAGGUGAGAAAGGUCAAUGAAUCCAUCAAGUAUAACCACCCUUUCAGGAAAUACAUUGACACUAUCCUUAGAAAGUGCCCUGUUGAAUAUCAAGAGAAGAUGGGGAGAAAUAUGGAUGACUAUGAAGAUUUUGAUGACAAGCAAAACACCUAUCCCAGUGAAAGGAGUCUAGUGAAGCUUCACAAGCAGGUAAUUUAUGCCGUCCAGAGGCAUAAUCGUACACGUGUGCAGUGGCAGAUUCUUCUUGACCAAGCCUUCCACCUUGAGGACGUUGCGAAGAAUGAGACCAGCACAUCACACCAGUUUGUCCAUAGCUUUGCACCCACAGAGCCCGCAACUUGGGUCAGCCGCUACAUCUACACGCCUACUGUAGAGUGGUAUUGGGAGUGCAUGAUGAAGCAGUGGUUUUACCGUGUGCUGGCUGUAGUUCUGUCACUCUUCUCUGUGGCUGUGGUCUGGUCUGAAUGCACCUUCUUCAGCACUCGUCCUGUUCUCUCACUCUUCGCUGUGUUUAUCCAGCUUGCAGAAAGAGACUACAACUAUCUGUACAUUGAGAUGGCGUGCUUCAUCACAAUCUUCUUCCUGUGCACUUGUGUGUACUCCACUGUGUUUCGUAUCCGUGUUUUCAACUACUACUACCUGGCCUCUCACCACCAAACUGAUGCCUACAGCCUUCAGUUCAGUGGCAUGCUUUUCUGCCGCUUGACUCCUCCCCUCUGUCUGAACUUUCUGGGAUUGAUCCACAUGGACUCUGCUAUCUCUCACCAGGCAAAGGAGCAGACUGCAUACACUUCAAUUAUGGGUUCCAUGCGAGUUCUCUCUUUUAUUGCCAAUGGCUUCUACAUCUACUAUCCUAUGCUGAUAGUCAUUCUUUGCAUUGCCACAUACUUCAGCCUUGGCACCCGCUGUCUGAACCUCCUGGGGUUCCAGCAGUUUAUGGGAGAUAAUGAAAUGACCUCUGACCUAAUCGAUGAGGGCAGGGAGUUACUUCGCAGAGAGAGAAGAAAACGACAGAGAAUAGAGGAUGGGGAGAAUAGAAGAAGAGAAUGGAGAGAGCGCUAUGGGCAGAGAGACGAGGCAGCAGCCAGAAACAGGGCCUCUAUCUCGGAAAUGAAGGAAACCAAUUAUGCUGAAACACUCAGCUCGAACACAAACAGACAGGCCAAAUACUCUCGCAGUGGCAGUCGCUCAGGGAGGGACUGCAUUGAGCUUCUACAGGAUGCUGAACCUUUGGACUUCAAUGCAGAAGCACUGACCGAUGACCCACUUGAAUCAAAUACUAACAGACAUACUGGAGGGAGAUAUCUGUCAAUGUCCUCCUCCCAGAGCAGAAUCUUUGAUGAUGUGUGAAAGGCAUUCCAGGAACAGAAAAGUAAAAGAGAUGACGGUGAUCUAUUUAUUUGCUCAGUCUGAGGAGUGAUUUCAGAUGAAUAUGGUGCUUCUGUCGCUCUUGAAUGUAGAAUGUUGCUGUACCUACAGAACAGGCACCGAAGGAAGGGGGUAUUUCAGUGCGCAUCCCUGAUUGAAAUGUGUGUAGCUAAUUGUAUUGUACGGAACUUACACACAUGCACACACCAACUAACACACACCAACUCUCAAGUGCCAGCCAGUCAGUUUGUUACAUGUGGAUAGCGAGACUUUUUGUCCUUUGCCAUUUCAGAAUAGAUCCUUUUCAGGUAUUGAAGGAAAGUUAGUUACUGUAUAAACCUAAAUGGCCAGAGCAUUAAGUCCUGCCAGAUAAGGCUCAUUGAAUAGUUAAAUAUCUACAGUACACUCAAACAACCCUAUCGUGAUGGUGUAUUUCCUGGACUAUUGAUGUCUACUGCAGUGUGUUGACCAGGUAAGAACAUUAUUUAUAAUUUUAUCCUCAGUCAAAGCUAUUUUUAAUUAAAUUUAAAUAUUUCAUAAACUAAUACACAUACAGUACUGUGCAAAAUCAGAGAUCCUUUAUUUAUUUAAUUUCCAGUCCAAAUGGCCAUUAAGUACAAGUUAUUUGUGGAGAUUAGAUAUAAGAUAAUCCACUUCAAACAAUUAUUAAAAGAUACAGAGAAAAUGGGCUCCUAACAGCCAUACAGACCAUCAUUCAUCUUAUAUGAAAGGGUCUGAAAGGCAGUGUAGCUAUCAACAAGCCAGUACUGAGAAAAUAAAAUAGAAAGAUUUUAAAAAAAGGAAAACGCUGCUGAUGUUGUCAGAACAAUGGACUGAUCACCCUGGAGUCCAAAUUUCAACACCAUUAAAUGUGUUUGGUAUUGCUCGGAUCAUGAGAAGCAGUAAAUGCAACCAAGCUCUAUGACUGAACUUUAAAUCUUAUGGAAAAAUGCUCCUGCAGAUUUGUUUUAAAAACUGAAUGCUGUAAUAUCAAAGAGUGAACACCAAAUGCUGAACAAUUUGAUUAUGUAUAUUUAGUUGUUGAGGCCCAUUACCUGUGUUUUCUACUUUUUCUUUAUAAUGAAAAUGGAAUAACUUGUAAUAAAUGCCAGUUUUGACUGGAACAGUAUUGCACAGUGUCUUGAUGAGAAAGAGGGUGACAGGACAUUCAUGUAAAAGUUUGGUCUGAAGUAAAAUGCUGCUGGGGGUCAGGUUUUAUUAUUCCAUCCAUAUAAAAGCUCAGCACAGGUGUACAGAUGUACAUAUGUAUGCACAUGAACUAAUCUAAUAUUUAUUCUCAUUCCAUAUCUAGGCUAUGUGAACUUUUAUGUUUGUAUAUUUUUGUGGAACAGUGCAGACAGUUGGUCUAGUGAAAAGGGGUUGUGGGUAGUCUCCAAAAUUAACUUUGCCAGGUGCAGAGUUUAAAAAUGAGAACUAUUCACAUACUGUUGCGCUCCAGUGCGGAUAUAAUCAACCACAAGGAAACAUCAAAUUAUUUAUCAAAUGAAGGAAAUUGUUAUUUUUUAUGUCAUGGUUUGUCACGUUGUUUUAUGGGUAUAAGACAUUGAUUUAAAUACAUACUGUAUCUCA